AUGGAAUCCGAUAGAAAGGUGCAGUGUUUUGGCUCAAUGGACAUCUGUGCGAAUGUAUGCGAUGCGAAGUGUCAUGUGUUUAGGAAGUGCGUAAAAGCUAAGAAGAAGAUUCGUUCUAAGCUGUUCGAUUUUCAUAGCUUAAGAAGAGGCGCUGGUGUUAACGUCCAAGACGAUAAUGGCUAUACUCCCCUGCAUCACGCUUGUUUACGUGGCCACAAGGAGAUAGUUCGAUUGUUGCUAUCAGUGGAUGCGUCACCAUGCGUGGUGGACAAGAAAGGUGCUACCCCCUCCACUUGGCCGCGUGGAAGGGGGACGCCGACGUUGUGGCGAUGCUUCUGA